UCCCUUGUGGAUUCAACACACAAUUCACAAGCUAAAAGAUAUCACUAGCAAAUUAUAACAUCCUCCUUUUAGUUGUUAUCUGAAAAAUGGCUCAUAGAGCUAAUUACUCUUUCUUUGCACUUCUUCUCAUCUUCAAUAUCCUCCUUGUCACAACAUUGCAAGCAGUUGCUGCACGCAGCAUUGCUAAGAACUCCAACAACCAGGACUUUGAAGAUGCUAAGUUUUAUUGGCUCAAAAAGCAUCUUGGUAAAAAGCAUAUUCCAGGCAUUGGACAUAUUGGAUUUCCACCAAAGUUUGGACUUAAACCUAGCCCAUUUGUUGGUGGCACCGGAGGAUCGGGAGUAGGUUCAGGAUCCACAGGUUCAGGAUCGGGAUCAGGAUCCACAGGUCGUAGUUAUGUUCCUGGUGGCGACGACACAUUUGUUCCAAACCCUGGCUUUGAGGUUCCAAUUCCUGGCAGUGGUGGUGCCGGUGGUAUAGUUCCACCAGCAGUUCGUCCAUGAGUUCACUCAUGCAUGACUGCAGUAGCUAGACCUAUUUUGUGGGUUUGUGAGCUUUGUGGUAGUUAUUAAGAUCUUUUUUACUGCUUUCUAGCUGUUAAAAUAAGUGUGCUACUACUAGAUAUACACACACUAUUAUCUUGUUUAAUGUUUUCCAUCUGAUUUUGUUUUUAUAAGCUUUUCCACCUGAUUUAAUGAUAUUUGAGUUUAACUGUUCUUCAAAGUAAUUACUGAUUGUGAGUCCUUAAAAGUAAUUCAAUGGUUAGUAAGUAUUCUA